AUGGGCGGCAAGAAAGCAGGAGGAGAGAACUCUAAGAAGGCAGCCGGCAACGCUCGCAAAGCCGAUGCUGCCAACUCCAAGAAGGCCGCCGAGGACCAGAAGCGCUCUGUCGAGGAGGAAAAGCAAUGGGGCAAGGGAUCAAAGAGCAAUGCCAAGAAGGACGACGCCGAAGCCAAGAAACAAGAAGCCGCUCGCAAGAAGGCUGAGCGUGAUGCCAUGCUCGCUGAAGAAGAAGCUUCUCAGCCUUCCAAGGCUAAGGGCGCCGGAGCCAAGACCGCACAAAAGAAGACCCGCGGCCUUGACCUGUCACAGCUUGAUGAUGAGCCCGGUAACAAGAAGGCAUCGGCUCUAAACGCCACCGGUAUCGACAAUGCGCUUGAUGCUCUUUCUUUGACGAGCAAGGAUACAUCGAAGGUCGAGAAACACCCCGAGAGACGAUUCAAGGCCGCCUAUGCUGCGUUCGAGGCUCGACGACUACCGGAGAUUGAGGAGGAGAACCCUGGUUUGCGACGACAACAGCGUAUGGAUGUCUGCCGAAAGGAGUUUGAGAAGAGCGAGGAGAACCCCUUCAACCAGGUUCAUAUCGCUGUCAAUGCUUCCAAGGAUGAGAUUGCUGCGGUGAGGGACCAGGAGCGCAGCAAGACCGAGCGCAGACUUGGUAGUAAAUAA